AUGCAAAGGCUGCCCACGGUGGCGACGGAGGAGUGGCGCCUGCCGCCCGAAGAGAUGGCGAAGCUGCCCAACCGCGUGCCGGACGCCUUCAACGGGCGCUGCGUGCUGGUGACCGGCGGUUCGGGCUUCCUGGGCAAGACGCUCGUGGAGAAGCUGCUGCGGCUGUGCGACCGCGUCGACACCAUCUACUUGCUCAUCCGCACCAAGAAGGGCCGCGACCCGCGCCAGCGCAACAUCCCUGUAACUUUAUAG